UCUAUUUUCAUUCAUUUCCACACAUAUCAGCAGAUCCUCCAUUUAUUCCUACGUUCGGCCCGCUCACAAUUUGCUUUGUCAAUUCUCUAAUGCAGCGAUUCGAGCGUCCAAGUUUGUUCCCUUGUUCUUGGUUCACGAUAGAACAACAACGAAAGUUUGAUUCGCAGGUCGGCACAUGACCGUCGCGUUAGUGGCACAAGCUUGGGCCUCCUUUUUCAGCCACCAUCUUCUUCUUCUGGCUUGUUCUUCACUCACCAACUACCAUGUCCGAGAAUGAGAUCGACUCGUACUUCGUCGUCAGGCGCGACAUUACUUGUCUAUCCUCACUCCUCGCCGCUCUCGAGCACUGGAGAUACACUUCUCCCGAAUUCGACUACAGGCCACGGCCCAGACUGACCGAUACAGACCAGCGCAGGAUGUUCUACACCGCUCUGGCGGACGUUUCUAGUACUGUGGAUCGGUCAGUUGCAGUCACUGGCUCCGUCACCGCAGAUCAGAGGAUUAGGUUGGUGGUGUCAGUCUCUAAACCAGUAAUUGAUGAGUCGGCGGCUACACAAUCAGAUGCGUCCAGUGAGAGCACUCUCGUUGAGGCGAUGGACGUGAACAAGGAGGAUGCGGUGCCUCAACAAAAUCCAGUACCUCAUUUUGAGCCACUAUCAAUCAACCGUUUCUUAUCGCCACUUCUUGAAUCAAAGCUCGAAUCCGCAUAUCCCCUCCUCGAACGUACCCUCAAGCACCACCCAAACGAAUUCCUCCAAAUAAUUCUAGCUUCUGAUGCCAUAUUCCCGCGGGACCGUAAAGGCUUCCGCGGGAUUUUCAAGAAAUGGCAGGCGGACCAUCCGAUAGACCGGCUUCUGCUCCCAGAGGGAGGUAUCAUCAGAGAUAUUGGAGAGGCCCAAGCAGAAAGGAUAGAGAAGACGAUCCCUGGGGUCCGUGUGAGGGACACCGGCAGAGUGAUCGUGACAAACGCGAACUUGCCUAAGUGGAUCAACAUGAUGGGCAAGAUUCUGUGUAUCACUGUGAAGAGGCUCAAGGACUGCAACCAGUCAUGCGACGAGCAAACGAGUACAGGGAUGAGCUGCAUAUCUAUAAUGUCUAUAAUCAGUGAGGUGUUCUCUGCGACCAACUUUAUACCUGUUUUCGCCGCGUCGUCAAUGGCCCCCGCCUUGGCGUCGUGUUAUACCUAUACACAAUCUAUCGACAUGAACGACAUAGCAGCACAUCAGUCUUACCCCAUUCCCCUGUGUCUACAUACCCUCGUCAUGAACUACCUCAAUCAGAUCUGCAGCUACCGAGGAUCUGCUUUGGUGCUCUACAUGAUCCAUGACUGGUACACCCGUCGGCUCCCUGAUCCCAAGCUGGAGGUAUACUACCUCACGACGGAUGACUCGACAUUGGAGAUGCAUGAUGUUUCUUUAGACCGUGCACUCCGGUUGUUCAUUCUUGUGGAUAUCACGGAGAGGUGGUAUAGGCGACGGAGAAGGUGGCUGCAGGCCCAGAAAGUCACUGGGUCCGUCCACCCAGAGGCUGCGCUCAUUUGCCUUCAGCUCGCCACUACGACUCAGGAACAGGUGGAUCGAUUACAGGCUCAACAUCAUUUUAGCGAUGACGCCGCUCAGCUACUUUCGCAGCUUGAUAACUGCAUCGGCCUGAGCCGCAAGAUGUGCUGGUGCUGUAAUAAGCUAUGGAGUUUGCAGGCCCGGAAGACCAAGGAAACUACCGAUCCCCGAUAUUUCCAUGGUCAUGUUCUGCCUUGGAUUCCUCCAGCGUAUGGUGUCAGCCUGAAAGCGUUGAAGCGUAUGCGACUAGAUUUGAUCGAAAUCUUGAGAGAGACUGUCAAUUCAUUGAAAGUCGAGGACUUGACAUAACAAUUUACAAGGCCGAUAGAUCUAUUGAGGAAGAAAGGAAACUUAGACGGCUGCGUUGCCCAUAUACUCUCAAAUAGGGUCCAGAUUUGUUAUAGAUUCAGAUAUCGACAACAAGUUGCAAGAUCAAUGAGAUAUGCAAAAGCUAGUCGAGGUUUUGAGUUACGCCGCCUUUUCACGUCA